AUGGGCAGCACCCACAUGGCACUUGUGUACGAUGUCAACAACUCGGGACCGGUUGCUAACCGUGUCGACUAUCCUGGCCAGGGUGACCCAUUCUACGAGCUCAAGGGAUUGGUGACGCUGGAGGAUAUCGUCGAGGAAAUCCUGCAGUCCAAGAUCAUCGAUGAGACCGACUCCCCAGAAGCCAGGAAGGAGCGCCAAAACUGCACGGACCAAAUUGGGUAUUCCGAUGGGGGUGAGUUCGUGGCCCACGCCGUCGUCUUGCUUCCACCCACCAGCUCUCGCCUUUACUCUGAGGACGACCCACUCCUAUCCGAACCCAAGUCGACAUUCGGCACUGCACUUUCAGCUUCAACUACCACCACCACUACGCUGGAGUGCAACGCCACUGCGGCUGGCCAAGCGGCUAUAGAGCGGUGGUCUUUGCUCUCCGAGCUUACCUUUUCCCGAGACUGUACGACUCACGCAGCGGCAGUAUUCGCCGACCGAAUCUGGAUUGUCGGUGGCGUAUCAGCUUCCUACUACACGAAGCGUUUGGAAUACACCACCACGCGCUCGGAUGUCGUAUCCUCUCCUGACGGCGUCGAGUGGACAGAAGUGCUGGAAGAAGCUCCGUUCCGUCGACGUUUUGGGCAUUCGUUAAUUACCUUCACGGACUCGAGCGAUAGCGAGGAGCGGCUUACAUUGAUAGGAGGCUUCUCACCCGAGCCAGCGACCGAUAUCUGGGUCACCACGGAUGGAGCGUCUUGGACUCAAUCUACUGCCUCAGUUCCUUGGGCAGGUCGAGGUUAUCACUGCUCAGUGGUGUUUAACAGCAAACUUUGGAUCCUUGGCGGCAGUCCGAUCAACAACGAGGUUUGGUCUACGUCGUCAGUGUUGAAGGGGCCGUGGAAGCAACAAGCUGGAGUGCCUUGGUCACCACGGUCAGCUCACGCAUGUGCCUCUCACGAGACUAUGGAUGCAACUGUGGGGGAUUCAAGUCGUGAAGAGUUUCUUUUUCUAAUGGGCGGGUGGCGCGACACAAGUCUGCGCGAUGUCUGGCGCAUGGAUUCCUCUGGUAAAUGGAAAAUGAUGCUGGAGGCUGCGCCUUGGGAGCCACGAGCGUGGUUCCCGAUCGUAUCGUUCGACUCCAGGACAAAUGGUGAUGUCCAACUUGGACCAAGACUUUGGGUGCUCGGAGGUGGAAUUGUCGGAAACGGGAUCGAGAAAAUGUAUCCGUUCUCGGACGUGUGGUACACACGUAACGGGGUUGAGUGGGUAGAGUCUAGCUCCAACUCAUCGGGUAUAUCGACCGCCGAAUGGAGCAUGUUGACCCAGAGCAACGAGGAAGUGUGCAUGGGCAAGUGGGGUCAUACCGUUGUUCCCUUUUACCGCACAGUCAACCGGGCGUACUAUUGUCACGAAUCUUGCAUGAACGAAGAAGGCACUAUCAGUCUCGCGAACCAGCUCAUACCAGUGUGCAGCCCGUCCACGACAUUGCCGGAGGCACCCGCCUUGCACACAAUUCUGUUGAAUAACUCCAUGAUCACCAAGACUCUGUAUCCAGACGGCUGUGGACUGUGCGUGGUGGACUCCAAUGCACGAUAUGAGAACAGCACACGCGUGCCUACGCUCUUCCUUCUUGCUGGGAACGUAGGCGUCCAGAAAGUAAACGACGUGUUUCAGAGCAGCGAUGGAAUGUUGUGCGAGCGGGAGGGCACGAUCUGCUCGGGAGAAGGCGUGUGUGUGCAAGGAGGCACUUGCCUCUGCAGCAACGGGAAGACGGGAGCUUUCUGUGACAGCGAGCUUCCCUAUACGAUCGUCGACUCAACGAGUUGCUUCCCCGAGUCGGCUCCGGUCAUCGUUGCGGGUGGUAAGACAAAGCAUCGGAGACUCGGUGCUGGCGCUCGAUUCAGCAGGAGAGCUCGUGUACUCCACCGUCUAUUACAUUCCACACGAAGGUUUUGUGGACAGCGCCACAGACUUCAUCAGCGUGGAGCACGAAGGCCUUGGCAAUGUACGUGCCGACCAGAUACGGUCGUGGUCGUGUGUCUGCAUGGUCAUCAUGACCAGCCCUCCCUCUACUGA